AUGUAUGGUGCAACUUUUAACAUCGGCAAAGUAGACCUUCCUAUGACUAAGAAUGAGAUUUCGGUCUAUAAGAUCCUUAGAAGCAAUAUUCUAAAGCAGCGUUCGUUGUCAUCUAAAUUAACGAUCGAGCUUAAAUUUUCUGCCACGUGUCGCCAGUGUUUUAGCGUCCGGUCGGACUUCGCCAAGAGCCCCCCGAUCACGGUAAUUGACAAAGGAAGGCCUCUGCAAUUUUCGGCUAUCUUCUUGCCCGAAGCUUCUAGCUCGAGAGGGCAAUCUUCUUCUCCAAACACAAUUUUACAAAGAAGAUUCCAACUUUUGUCUUCGUCUAGAAAGUCCAUCUCAAGGCCUCGAGAGCCACUUAUGUCAGAAGCCAAAUUCGACAGCCUUGUGGUUAACAAUAUCGCACUCCCUUCAUUGUUAUCCGGAAAAUAG